AUGUCCUUUGAGCACUCCCGCGACUUCCGAAGCUCCGCCCAGGACUCGAAGCGAAACAAGGAGCACAAGGAGAAGUGGUCGCGCGGCAGCCGACCGUCGGUUGGUGUCAAGCUCAACUAUUACGAGCCUGACUUCCUGGUGGGUGGCAGCGAGACCCAGCGGGAGAAGAUCCGACCGGAGCGCUCGCACGAUGUCUCUCGCUUACCGACACCCAACAUAGUCAAGCCGAGAUUGAGCGGACACAUGCGCCAUGACAUCCACCCCAGCCACUCGCGCGCCAAGGUGGACGCCUUGGUCGAGCUGCAGGACCCGUCCAACAUCUCGCGAUCCCUCCACGAACUUAUGCCCUCUCCUCACAACCGGCGGAAGCUGAACGUAUCGGAUAACUUCCUAUACAGCUUUGAUAGGACCGAGAGCCCAGGCAAGCCGCUGUCGCUGGAUAUAUUUGUCAAGACGAACCCGAAGGAGACAGAGAAGUUUAUCGAGAAGGAGUACGAGAUUCUUGAUGUCAAUGGAGAUGCCCUGAAGGGUCGGAAGGCUCGACAGAAUCUCCGACGCAAGAACAACAUGCCCAUGGCUCUAGAACCCGAGAUCAUUGAGGACGACGGCUUCGAACUCGUAUAG